UACAGGGACCUAAAUCAGAGUGGUCCAGCGACUGGGAUUCCUCUCUUAAUCUGGAGUUACAUGGCUGGCCAGGUGGAUUAUAUUACCGUUUUUCCCGAUGUAGUCAAACAAACAAGUACCCAAUGUACAAAGUAUAAUACAGGACAGUAUUAUUUGGAUGAGUGUCAUCUUUGAUUUAUUUCACAGUGGAGUCAUGUGGAUAAUUUAAACAGGAAAUGUAUACCCCACUGCUGGAUUAACACCUAAAGGAUAUUCUGUCCUGCCAAAGGUACGGGUUGCUUUCUUGGGCCCCUCUCAUUUCUGUUAUUUGGAAUUAUGUCUGAGAUCAGGGCAUUACAAUUUGAGACCUCUUGGAGACCACAACAGCACAAGAGACAUAAGUCACCAUCGUUGAUUGGGACCCCGCACCACUUUUUUUGGGGGGGUCAACGACUGAUAUGAACGAUGACCUCCUUUUUGUUGGAGAUAAUGUGCCUAUGGAAUACCAACUUUAUCCUCUUGCGUGGAACCAUACAUUUUGGAUGAAAGCUUAUACAGUCACAAUUUAUCCUGUGUGUGGAGUGCAUGUAGAUUUGCACAUGGACCGACAACUAAAGUAAACCUUUGACAAUGCAUUUUCUUCCCAAUGCCAUCAGAUGAGUGCAAGAAGAUGGAUUACCAUUGAUCAACACCUUUCACUGGAAAAACUGGAAUGUACUGAAUUGGACUGAUGUCUCUCCUUUCAUGGAAUUUGCAGGAGCUUACACACAAAAUGACAAGUCUAGUUAAAGAUGGACUCUUGGAUAUUAUGUAGUCAUGAAAGACUAUCACACGUGCCUGGAUGGAUAUAUGGACUCAAGGUGACUCAUUGAAGCAUUUGGUAUUCCUGAGUGUGGAUCCCGUUUUGUCCUCCUUCUCCUCGAAGGUCUCCUUCCCUGAAGAUGAGGAUUACGUUUUUUCGUAUUAACCAUGUUGCUUCAUUUUUGUCCCUCCGCCACUUUCCACUCAUCAUUUUUGCCCACAAAAAGUCCUAUCUCCCUUUAUUGUAUUUGGAAUUAUAGGUCAAGUUACCACUUUCUCAAAAGGACUGCCGAAAGUCGUGAGCGGCAGUACGACCACGGCGCUUACGGCCACCACGAGCGUCAAGGAAGCAGCUUUGAACGCCAACGACAUUAUGACACAGAUUAUUAUUCGAGAGAGAGAACUCUCAGCGCAUCUGGGAAUGGUUCCGGUACAUCCAUUGGAAGCAAUACAACUCUGUCCUCUGGAGUCGGCGGUAUUGUUAAUGCUGUUGCUGGCAAUACCGGAACAAGUGGAGCGGCAGGGGCUGCCACAGGGGCAAGUGGGGGCUCUGCUUCCAGCGGGGUUAGCUUCUACCGCUCCCACAGCAGGAGUCCAUGUCGCUUUGGGACACCAGAGCCUCGUUAUGAAUCUCGGACCAGGGAGGCCUUUACUUUGGCCAGUGUGGUUCACAGGGACCUUUACAGAGAAGACAGGGCACGGCGUAGUGAGCGGUCAUUUCAACACAGUCGCAGCCGCUCUCCUCACUUGGCGCAGUCGCGAAAUCCUUCUCCCCAGAGGCUGGCAAGCCAGGCUAGUCGGCCUCCACGCUCCCACAGUGUCUCGGGCUCUCGCAGCCGCUCCUCAAGUUCAGACUCGGUCAGCAGCACCAGCAGCAGCACAAGUGGCAGUGAUUCUAGCAGUAGUUCAAGUGAUGAGUCGCCGGCUCGCUCCGUGCAGUCAGCUGCUGUUCCAGCACCAUCAGCACUUCCUUUAUCAUCCCGUGACGAGGAACCACGUAAAAGCUUCGGCAUCAAGGUCCAAAAUCUUCCUGUACGCUCUACGGAUACAAGUCUAAAAGACGGUUUGUUUCAUGAGUUUAAAAAACACGGAAAAGUCACGUCUGUACAAAUUCAUGGAGCAUCAGAGGAGCGCUAUGGACUUGUCUUUUUCCGGCAGCAAGAAGACCAAGAGAAAGCGCUCGGAGCGUCAAAGGGGAAGCUUUUUUUUGGAAUGCAAAUUGAUGUCACUGCUUGGAACGGUCCCGAGACUGAAAGUGAGAAUGAGUUCCGGCCCUUGGAUGAAAGGAUAGAUGAGUUUCAUCCGAAGGCUACUCGGACAUUGUUCAUUGGGAACUUGGAGAAGACCACCACAUAUCAUGAUCUUCUCAGCAUCUUCCAACGCUUUGGAGAGAUUGUGGAUAUCGACAUCAAGAAAGUGAACGGAGCCCCUCAAUAUGCCUUUCUGCAAUACUGUGACAUUGCAAGUGUCUGCAAAGCCAUAAAGAAGAUGGAUGGGGAAUACCUUGGAAACAAUAGACUUAAACUGGGCUUUGGAAAGAGUAUGCCCACAACUUGUGUUUGGCUGGAUGGAUUAGCAUCAAACACAACUGAACAGUUUCUGACCCGACACUUCUGCCGCUAUGGACAUGUUGUCAAGGUUGUAUUCGACAGGAUGAAAGGAAUGGCCCUUAUCUUGUACAACAAUAUUGAAUAUGCUCAGGCCGCGGUCAAAGACACAAAAGGAUGGAAGAUAGGGGGCAGUAAAAUCAAGGUGGAUUUUGCCAAUCAGGAGAGUCAGAUGGCUUUCUAUCGUUCGAUGCAAGCAUCUGGGCAGGAUAUUAGAGACUUUUAUGACAUUCUUUCUGAAAGAAGGGAUGACCGACGCUCUCAAUAUGAGUUUCAAGUGGAGAGACCAUAUUAUGAAAACGUACGCACACCAGGAACAUAUGCGGAAGAUCCGCGCCGUAAAUACACAAGCAGAAGUCGCGAGUUCUACACUGAUUGGGAUCCCUAUCAAGGAGAUUACUACGAAACACAGUACUACGAAGACACCCGGGAAUAUCGAGAAUACCGAGCCGAUCCUUACGAACAGGAUAUUCGGAAAUACAGCUAUUUGCAACGAGAACGUGAGAGAGAGAGGGAGCGCUUCGAGACCGAUCGUGGGCGUGACCACGGGAGGAGAACCAUUGAGCGGAGCCAAAGCCCAGCUCUUGUUGCCUCGCGUCGCGCUCCAACCCCCAUAGCCUCCCCUUCAAUCUCUGAAAGGAUAGCAAGUGACUCAGACCGCCGAAUAUGUUGCCCAUCUUCUGAAAGAAGUGGUAGCUGCAGUUCAGUCUCCCCUUCCAGAUUUGAAAAAGUUGAGAAGACUCGCACAGAACGGUAUAAUAAAAUAAACAAAAUUGAGAAGGGUGUUUGUGAGGUUGAAAAGGUCUAUUUGGUUGAAAAGGAGAAACGGGCUGGACGUAACGACCGCGGUGAUAAGGAUAAAAAUGAGAGACAGCGACUUAAGAAGCUCAAAGUAUCCUCACCAAUCAAUCAAACAUGUGAUGUCGAGCCUGAACCUGAUAGAGACAUGAGCCCAGAGUCUGCCCUUCAAAGUAAAAAUGGUAAAAUCCUGAAAGAUAGCUCAAGUCGAGGCAAGUUAGAUCUUCUGCCUUGUGUGGUGCAGUUAACACGUGUGAAAGAAGAAGAAGGAAAACUGAUUACUCAUGAAAAACAAAUAUCGAGGACAGAGAAUGACAGUCCGAGACUGGUAUCACCUCCUGCUGACCAAAGAAGUCCUCUGUUCCGCACAGAGUCAUCAAAAGGAAAUGUAAAGGGACCCAGAGAUAAAAACAUGCACCGUUUAGUGGAACAUAUUGACAUAGAGAUCAAAAUGAAGCCCAAAAAACUGGGAAAAUGUGAAAUUGGUUUUGAAAGUGGUGUUUCAAUCGAUUUUGAUCGCUUGGCUGCAAGAAAACGGCGUUUUGAAGACUCUGGCCACAAUGACCAUCAGAAGAGAAUUAGUGAAGAUGACCUUGGUAGAUCUGUCCUUCCUAAACCUUGGAAUAAUAAUGACUCUGAUUUUCAUAAGAAUGUUUUCAUAAAAAAGAUGCAAAAAAGGGAACAAAACAGGAACAAAUCUGCGCAGAUAUUUCCACUUCAUAGUCCGAAUGAGGGACAAGACUCAGAAAACGACUCCACAAGCCUUGCGCUUCAGCUGCCGUCCCAGCAAGCACUGCCAGCUGAAUCUUCAGAACCAUUUGACUUGCCCUUCCUGAAAAUGAAAUUAGCGCACUCAAAAAGUGAAAAUAGCUCCAGUCUCACAAAGACAUCCAGUGAUGGCGGCCUUGAUUUUGAUGAAAUAAAAGAAAAGAGGGUUUUGGGUGACAAGGACCAAAGUGGAAGGAAUUGUAGAGAUUCUGAAGAUGAGGAAAAGUUUGUGUGCUUGGACCAGACAAAUACCUUUACAAAACACACAACUGAACAGAGCCGAUGGUUGCGAGCCAAACUAUGUGAUGUUGAGAAGAGUGACAAGUGUGAUAACACACCUCGUGAUGAAACUCAAGACUUUGGAAUUGAGUAUGCCUUGCAUGAUAUUAGAAAACCAAACCAGGACAUAAACACUGAUGACUUCUCUUUAUGUAAAAGAAACAAAGUGGAUAAUAUCGACUCAAAAACAGAGCAAAACUUUGGAACUUGUCGCAAGCUGAAUGAGGGUAUUUUUCACCAUGCAACACCCUCAACAGUCCCCAUUUGUCUAAGAAGGGAAGAGGAAACCACCCAGAUUUCUAUCUCAGACUUAAACACGGAAACAAAAUCAUCUCUGACAAAAGAACACUUUCUACAUGCACAGUCAUUGAAAUGUAAUAUGGUCCUGAAACCUAGACAUUUUCAAACACCCGAAAGUGAGCCGGAAAAGCUAAAGGCAUCAUUUCUUGGAGGCAAUGAGGACUUCAUGUCCAGUUGGCUCGGAAGGGUUUCCUCUGAUCCGCCAAAAAUGGAACCUCCUUCCCAAAGUGAAAGUGUGAGUAAAUGCCAACGGCAGGAUUUGGAACCAGGAGAAGUACAGUCCGAUUCUGAUGAUGAUGGAGAAAGAAAACAAAUCUCUCACAAGUCCAGUAGUUCCUUAUCUUACAUCCUCAGGGAACAUGACGAGAGGAUGACAGAUCUAAAACUUUGUGGUUCAUUGGAAAAGAAUAAAUUUUACUCAUUCGCACUAGACAAAACUAUAACCCCUGAUACAAAAGCACUUCUCGAAAGAGCCAAGACACUUUACUCUUCCCGAGAAGACAAUUGGUCCUUUCUUCCCUCUCGCUUCCCAUCAUCCACACACAGCCGCACAGAUAAAAACAAGGUGGAACUAGCACCCCGACCAAUUCCUUCUUGGUACAUGAAGAAGAAGAAGAGUCGUGCGAGUGCUGCUGAAAAUCUGCACAGCAAAAAAGAGGAACUUAAGGCUCAGGACCAAGAACGCCGGGAACUGUUUGCCUCCCGCUUCCUUCAUAGCUCAAUCUUUGAACAGGAUUCUCGCCGUUUGCAGCACCUUGAACGCAAAGACCAACAUUGUGAAACAGGAGUUGAUAAGAAUUUUGCUCUGCCAGGUCAUCCUGAAGUUCAGACAGAAUGUGAAGAUGGUGAUAUCCCACCACAGCCCAUUGUGCUAUUCCACAGUCGUUUUUUGGAGCUACAGCAACAAAAAGACAAGGACAUUUGUCCACUUGAUGCAGAGGUGCAUUCAGUUGUGGUGGAGAUUAAACAUAAUUAUGUGCCAGGUUGUGAUGAUGUGCUGUCUGAUAAAAUGGCAACCACACGUUUGAAGGUUGAUGAAAAAUCAGUCUGCCCCCAUUCGACCAUGUCUACUACUCCAACAGUUCCAUGCCUGAAAGAAAUGCCAUCUCCUGAAAGGAAAGACAUUUUACCACUUCCCAUAGAGACACAUGCGUCAUCUAAUCAAGAAGACAAUGUGGAGACAGUUCUUGAGAUCGCUGCCUCGCCACCUUUUUUGAAAGACUUGAAACCUAUAAGCCCUAAACCAAAUAUGAGCCCUCCACCCAUACUUUUAGAGGCAGAAAAUGAAAUAGAAGCAAAAACAGAGGUAAUUGAGACCGAACCAGAGAUUGGUGACGAUUUGCCAAUGGAGCACAAUCAUCCUGUGGAAGAUGAGCCUCCAAAACAGGAGAGUUCUGGGAUUAGUUUUGAACAGAAGAAUACAGAGUUUACAUGCUCUGAGUAUGCAAAGAUAAAAUAUGAGUGUGACCCGAAGGCACAAAUUCAGAAAACGCACCAUUCUGAGGAAUCAAAGAGACCAGAGAUAGUCCAUGAAAUAUGUAUACCAGAGCUACAGGUUGAAAGUAAACAAAUACCCAACCGAAGAAAACCUAAAAAUAAGAGAGGAAAACCACACAACAUAUUACGCGCAUCACCGGCGACCAAAAAUGCUAAAGAUAAAACUGCGACACGAAAGAGUGAACGUAUUGAUAGAGAGAAACUCAAAAGGGGCUCAUCUCCGCAAGCAGAAGCUCAGAAAGGAUCGUUAGAGUGCAAAAUUCCAUCAAAGUCCCCUAUUCCCGUAUCAAAUUCUGAACAAAACCUUGAGUCUGGGUUGGUUCAUGGCAGAACACGUCGAAGAAACGUCCGAUCGGUUUAUGCCACUGUACGUGAGGGAGAGCAGUCUGGCAAAGAGGCAGCGGAGCCAUUACGAACAAUGCGCAAACGUGCUACAGAUAAAGAACUCAUACAGCAAGAUGUUCAAAUUCCAUCUACUAAUCCUAGACGAGGGCGCCCACCAAAAAGGAGUAUCAAACGAGAUCACCAUAUUUUAACAGGAAAAGUGGAAAUACAGAAAACAACGGAUGGCAACACAGAGAUCGGAGAUACUCCAAUCAUACCAGAAGUUGUGAAAUCAUCUGAGGGAUGGCGCUCUCCAAGAAAGGUUCAGCAAAUGCCACUGACUGUAUCAACACUGGUUAACAAAAAAGGAAGACGUCUCGACAAACAGUCUGAAGGCGCUACAAUUCUAGUUGAAUUGACAGAUACAGGAGGUUGUGAUGAAUUAGAGCUAAAACCCAAAGAUGAUUCGGACCUAACUGCACAUUUAUCAGGCACAAACUCACAAAUGCAGAAAAACGAACAAGACACACCACUUACAUCGGCUGAUUUUGAGAACCCAGAUGUAACCCUCCCAAAGAGCAAAAUGGCUGAAAAGAGUGUCAAAAUGAAAAAACAAAGGCUCAAACGAAAUGCCAAGCAGUUCACCGAAGAUAAAUCCCAUACCUUGAGAAAUCUUGAAAUCCGUGUAAGUGUUGAUGAUGUAAAAGGUUUGCUCCGUUCUGAAAAUAAUGACCCUGAGUCAUUUCCAGUCAGUAUUAAGAAAACCAACACUCUAGUUAAGUCUGAGGAAUCAAUAUCAAUAUGCCUUCCCAAAGAAUCAAAGGCACUUGAUGUGAAAGACACUGAAGAUGCUGUAUCUGAGCCAGACCUUCCUGUGCAUCCGGCUGCUGUUCUUCUCGCACAUCAAAUGGAACUAGAGCAGGCAGUUGAAAAUAUAGCCAAACUUACGGACCACCCUCCUCGGCUGUAUAAGGAGCACCCUUCAGGGCAAGUGCCCACAGUACCUGCCGUAGUGCCACAGUCACAAACUGAGGUUGAAGAGGAAAAGCGAGCUAUACCAUCAAGUGAAACAGAACUUGCAGCCGCUAUUGAUUCCAUCACAGCUGAAGAGUCGUGUGCAGAUGCGGAAGGAUUCACUGCUGCUCCAGCUUUCAGUGCCCUUAUUCCCACUCCGAAUUCGGUGCUGUCUGGUAACACCAGUGAAGGCAUAGAAACUGAAACCGUGAACACCGUGGUGAAUACUAUUCGUGCUGCAGACUCAGAUGAUGGUCUUUUGAUCUCGAGUCCAAAAGGUCUAAGAGCAGAAUCUAGGAUUACCGAGGACUCCUCACUUGCCAAUACACCCAAAAAAACAGGUAAAGUUCGACCCAAACCGCAGAAAAAGUCAAGAGGUCGUAAAUGUGCCAUAAAUAAGAAGAAUGAAGAUGAAGUGCGGCCAGAGCCCUCCCGUUUCAAGCUGCCCGAGUCAAUCCCAGAGGAUCCUGAAAUCAUAAAUUCCAAAGCACCAGUUAUUACAACUGGGACCACUUUAGUGGGAUCAGUGGUAACUGCUGUCGCUACCUGUAGGCGCGAUGUUCCAAGCUCUACGACUUUGGGCACACCCAAAGAGGCAGAACAACCUGAAGUUGAACAGCCCGUACCCAAAGAAUCAGCCUUUCAUUCAGAUUCAAGAGUCAUCUCCAAUGGCAAACGAGAAGCAGCAGAGUCAUCUCCCUCUAGUUUUACUCCUUCACCUGCCCGUCCACCACUUGUAUCGCAGUCAGGUCUACCGUUAUUACGACCUGCUCAACUUUUGCCGAACUGGCCUCUGAGAACUGAAGAAAGUAGAAUUUUUGUUAGCCCUCCAUGUCAUGUAACAGUGGUAACUUCUACUGUACCAGCAUCACCUUCGCUUGGCUCCUCUUCAAUCAAUCCCCCGAUGCCUCCCGAUACUAAGGCUUCUGAUCUGCAUCCAAGUUCCAGUACUUUAAGAAAAAUCCUAAUGGAACCUAAAUAUGUGUCUGCAUCAAACAGCAAUUCUAUUCCCAGCACUACAGUGACAACUACUACAUCAGAUCAUUUCCAGAUGUCAGAAAAUGAAAAUACCUCUGUUGCCACCGGCCCAAGGCAUGUAGAAGAUAAAUUGUCUUCACUCCCUCAGUCCAUACAUUACAAAUGUAAACCACUGGUAGAAUCCCCCAAAAAUAGUGGUGAGAACAACCCUCAUACUGUAAUUUCCCCUGCUACCUCUGUGAUAAGUCGCAUUCCGAUCCCAUACGAUACAGAUGAGACACCACGGAUUUCCCUUAGCAACAGAAGCAUGUGUCCUUUGGCAAAACCAAAAUUCAAAGCAAAUUCUAAUGAAAGUCAUCGAUACCAUGGGCUUGACUUCGUUGAUGAUGAAGUUAGAGAACGCUCUGUUGUCGAGAGCACUUCACGUUCAAUUCCUGGUCUUCGAGUAAAUACAUCAGAGGGUGUUGUUGUUUUGAGUUAUUCCGGUCAAAAAACAGAAGGGCCCCACAGAAUGAGAGCCAAAAUAAGUCAAAUUCCGCCAGCCAGUACUGGGGACAUAGAGUUUCAGCAAGUUAUGCCUAAAUCUCAGAUAAAGCAAGACCCGAUAAUUCCUUUGUCCCAGUUUCCCAGCACUAAAUUACCCUCAAAUCCAUCUGCUUAUGGACGCACAGGGGUUCUCUUGACCAACAAAUCUUAUAAUGCUCAACCUGUCAUUUCUUGUACCAAGCUGGAUAGCCAUGGACGUGACAAGCCUGAAGUUGUUUAUCAUACGGCAUCACAGGCAAGUGUUGUGAAGAUGUUUCAAGAGCCAGUCUCUGCUCCUCAAGUCUUAAUGUACAACCAAGCUGUCAUAAAGCAGCAGGGUAAGAGACCGGGAACGGAUGUCCCACCCCAAAAUUCAAUUCAACACGCUAACCUCAGCCCUAUCAACAGCCCUCACCACCCCUCACUAUCUGGAUCACGCAUAAGCUCCAGUCCUGGCAUGCCAACUGAGCGCUCAGUUCUGCAACCAAAACAAGACCCCCAGUCCUCACAAACGGCUGUUCUCUCCCCUUCACGUCUUGUCAAAGUGUGUGCCCCUAGCAAUUCCCCAGUAGGAACUUCAGUUGUCAUGCCUCAUGGUGUGUCAUCCAGAGCAAAUUUCAAUGUCCCUGUGCACCAUCCACACUCAGAGCAAUCUUCUGUCAUCAUCCAACCUCACAGUGUCACCCAGUCAGUGACACAUGAACCAAGGAUCAAUGCUUCACCAAUGCCUGCAAUCAGCUACGGAAGGCGAAGUAAUUCUCUGUCCUCUCCUCUGCCAGGGCCAGUACCACACUCAGGCAUGUCUCAAUCCAUUGUCAUCAGGCAGUCUCAUUCAACUCCCCAGGGGUCAUUGGCUACCGGUGGCGGUGUCAGCAGUCUAACCGAUGAGGAACACAGACCUUUUAACCAAGCCCUGAGCAGAGCCUCAAUACCGCAGAUGCAACCGGAUAUCAUGUUGCUUCAGAAUGAUCGUGGAGGGCUCCAUGCAAGCUUAAGUCUGGACCAGUACAGAGGCAUGCUACCGAGCAUGCUCGCACAUCAACAGCUUGGAGAGCAAGCCACUGUGGAAACAAGAUUGUCACACAACUCGGAGAACGGAACCAGUAACAUCUCGGUGAGAAAGAAUGCUGAACUUUCAGAAAAAGAAUCCUUCAAAACACGGGAAAGACAGCUGAUCCAUUCACCGAGUGGUGAAACUCGAAUCAGGGCAGUUCACACAUCUAGCCCUGUCUUGGUGUCUCCUCACUCUCACGGCCUGCAGCUGUCUCAUACUGGAGGUGUGGCCUCCUUUCCAGUCUAUCGUGACCCAAGGAGCUUCCCUCCCCAGAUAACUGGACAUCCUUCAUCGGGAAGCAGCACAUCUUCACAGAUUCUCCCAGAACCUGAAUUGGGUCACCUAUGUAAAAUGCCUCAGUCUCUCAAGCCUGAGAGUCCUCACCUUCACCAUUCUACCUCUUCAAACAUGUCUAGAAUAUCAAGGGAGGGAGUCUCACCCUCGUACCAGUCUCCUAUGACCACUUCAAUGGGCCUGAAUCAAAAACCAGAUCAGUCACAACCGAAAGGCCCUGCAGCAUUCUUGACACUCUCAUCUACUUCAUUUCAGCCACGGCCUGAUGCCAAGUCAGCUCAUUCAGGACACCGCUCGAUUGACACGGUGCAGCUUUUGACGAAAUAUCCCAUCAUGUGGCAAGGUCUCUUGGCGCUGAAGAAUGAGCAGGCCGCCGUGCAGCUGCACUUUGUUUCUGGCAACACUUUAUUGGCUCAGCGCUCACUGCCACCGCUAGAGGGAGGUCCGCUUCUUCGCAUUGUUCAGAGGAUGCGGCUGGAAGCAUCUCAGCUAGACAGUGUGGCACGACGGAUGACUGUGGAGAAUGAUUACUGUUUGUUGCUGGCGUUACCCUGUGGUCGAGACCAGGAUGACGUCCUAAGUCAAACGCAAGCCUUGAAAAGUGGCUUCAUCACCUACCUGCAGGCUAAGCAGGCAGCUGGCAUCAUCAAUGUGCCCAAUCCUGGUUCCAAUCAGCCCGCCUACGUGGUGCAGAUUUUCCCACCGUGUGACUUCUCCGAGAGCCACCUCUCCCGCCUGGCCCCAGACCUUCUAAACAGCAUCUCCAGUAUUUCACCUCACCUCAUGAUCGUCAUUGCCUCUGUUUGAUUUUAUUUAUUUUUUCUAAAGCAAAGCCAACACCAGCUGAUUUUUCUAAAGUGGAAUUGCCUCAUAUUUUUUAUGAAAAUCUCAAUUAAGCAUUUAAGCAAUUUUUUUUUCACUAUUUUGGUUCACUUCACCAAGUCCUUAAUUCACUCAAUGGUGUUGAAGUGCAAAAAUGUUACUUUUGAAGUACAGAAUGUUUCUAAGAGCAUUUCUGCUUGAAUCUUUAAAUGUUGCCAUGUUUUGGAGGCAUUGGUAUGGCUGUGGACUCACUCUUUUGGAGAUUCUUGAUGGUUUUUUUUUUUUUUCUCUUCAUCAAAGUGAUUGUGAUUUUUUUUUAAAGAGAGACAUGAGGAGUCAUUGCACUACGUACAAGGAAAAAAAUAUGAAGUCUGUACAGAUUUGAGUGUAAAAUCAUCCAUAUUAUGGUAUAACGCAGAGAUUGAGACUUUUCGUCUGCUGCUUUUGUUCCAUGGUCAAGUUGAGAGUUGUACAGUUUACAGUCAAAAGUUAGUUAGCAGCAUCUUUGCGGGCCAUUGUGCAACUGUAAAUAUGAUACACAGUUCAAGACUGAUGCAAUGUGGAGAGACCAAGUGAAUUUAUUAUUAUUUUACAGCUGGAUCCUCAAACGUUUUCAAUGUGUUCUUCCAACUACAAAAAACUUUUUUUUUUCAAUUCUGUGCCAAAAUGUACGUGUUUUCUGUAAAACAAAAGAAAAAAAGUAAUCAUGAUCUAUUUUAAUAUAACUUUAUAUUUCCAUUCCUUUUUGUGGAUGAAUGUUGGGAAUUUUCUUUCACCUUUUUCACCUACUGCCCCAAGCCGUCUAAUGACAGAUGUGCAACGAAUGUGACUUGAACUUGCCAUCAUGCCGCUAUUGGAUGUGUUUGUUAUUGUCUGUCCAAUGUGGAUUUGUCUUUCUAAAGCAAAGCUGUAAAUACUUCCAUGUGUCCUCCAUGCGCGCUGAUAUUUCUCUGUGUAGUUAUUGUCUGAGGAAAGGGACUCUUGUGUGAAACCGAUGCUGAAAGUAAAUCACGCCUGCCAGUCUUGUUUUAUGACUGCAAGCUCAAUACUAUCAUUGUUCUGUUGAAGGCACUUAUCAUGUUUUGAUAAAUUAGAAGAAGAAAAAAAAACAGUGAUUGAUACGAAAACUGUCUUAAUUUGGUUGUAUUUCGAUGCUCCUCCAUGAGGACAUUUUUAACUGUAAAAUAAUUUUGUUGUUUAACUUCUUAAGAUCAUUAAAUGGUCCAUGACUCUGAA